AUGGCCGAGACUCCCCAGACCGCCGAUUCACGGCCGAUUCUCGGCCCACUCACGACCACCUUUACCCCGCCGGCGCCCUGUCUCGUGCCCGUGGGACAGUGCACCACCUGCACCGUGGCAUGGAACGGCCAGGAGUGCGCGCCUUCGAGCGGCACUUUCGCUCAGGAUGCUGAGACGUGCUGGCCAGCAACAACAAACGGCGUCCCCAAAGUGACACUGCCCUUUGCCGGAUGGGGAUUCUAUAGUCCCGGCUUGGUCUGCCCCGUGGGCUACACGUCGGCCUGCACCGCUAUAGCCGGAGUCAAGUCGGAUUAG